AUGGGCGUGGAACGAGGAGGCGAUUUCCCUCGCUCCCAAGCGGGAGACCCACGCCGGCGGGAGGGGCCCUUUCCGGCGCGGGAGAGGUCAGAUCUGCGCCCGGCUCUCAGCCGCCUAAAAAGCCAGCCCGGCCCACUCAAGCUCGCGAAUCCUGAGUCACUCCGCCUAGUCUCAACUCGCCUCCCCGGCCACUACCCCGCUCCCGGGACAAAUUCCAGUUCUGGGCUACAACCCAGCUCCAAGACUCCCCAGAAGAGCACGAGCCUACUGGACGUCUUGGGCGCGCCCAAGGAAGCGGCGGCAACCCGCCAGCCCAGACAAGCACGCUGA